AACAGAACAAAUAAGAAGAGGAAGAAGAAGAAGAAGAAAAGCAGAAAUAAGAAAAACAGAGUGCUGAAAGUCUGAAAUACAGAGCAAAAGAAUUUCUUAAAAUAGAAAGGCCAGAAAUCAAGAAAGAAAGGGAAAAAAUAUGGCAGAAAUAGUAUUGAAAGUGGAUGAUGAGUUUGAUUAUGAUGUUCCAUCAUCAUCACCAUCAUGUUAUUCUGCAACUCCAACCUGUAGAAUAUGCCAUGAAGGAGAGCUUGAAAGCUGUAAGAAGCUGGAAACUCCUUGUUCUUGUUCUGGAACUAUCCAGUUUGCUCACAGAGACUGCAUAAUGAGAUGGUGUAUUGAAAAGGGAAACGCAGUCUGUGAAAUUUGUUUACAGAAAUUUGAACCUGGCUAUGUUAUAGCACUGCCAAAGAAGGAGCCCCCAGUUGAUUCACAAGUAACAAUAAGGGUGAGUGUGGAGAUUCCAAGGGGAAAUGCGAUGGGUGAAGAAGAAGAAACCCAAUAUUCUGAAUGCUCAUCCACAAUCUAUACAAGUGUCUCUUACUGCAGAUCAGUGGCUCUUAUGUUUACGUUUCUGCUGCUAACCAGACAUAUGUUGGAGCUGCUGUAUCAAGGAACUGGAGAUUAUCCUUUUACGUUACUCACAUUGUUGAUCUUAAGGUCAGUAGGGAUUCUGCUGCCAAUGUAUGUAUUGCUUAAGAUUAUCACCGCCAUUCAAACGACUAUUAACACCCAACAAUACCAGGUUUAAUGACCAUCGUAUUCGUAUACCAACUAGAAACUAUGAUGACAAUGUAAAUCAGCAGCAGCAGCAGCAGCCAUCAGCUACCAACUGGUCCAACUCUACAUAUGUUUCUUUCUUAUUCUUUUUUUUUUUUCUUGAAUUUUAUAGCUCAUUUAUCAGUUCUUUAAUUCUUUUUGUUAUUGAAGAAGAGCAUCCAGUCGAUGCUCUGACCUGUAUAUGUAAAUUCUCUUACAAGUACAAAGACUAUUAUUAUGCAGUUAAAGGAAAAAAGAACGGAAGAUUUUCACAUUGUUUUGUAUUGCAGAUAUACUCUGUAGUCCUUACCAAGAACUUAUUUCCAUGACUCCCAUACAAGAUAUAGAUCAUUAUCAGAUUAACAACAAAUGAGUCAAUGAUCAUUGCUCAUGCAUACCUCCUCACUAGUAGUCAGUGCAAGAACAUUGUAUAUAUCAUCACAUCCCCAGAACAUGAAUUCCUUUCAGGCAUUUCAUCGAACAUCUUUUAAGCAUCCACAGGAUUCAGAGCGCAGAAUACAUGAGGAACCUAGGUGGGGUUGUUUUUGAAAUCCUGAAGUAUUUUUAGAUGAACCAACUUCCCAUCACGUUUUAAGGACUUAGCACAUGUUUGAGGCAGAUUUUUGCCAUUUGGAGCGCGAUUGAAUGCUAACAGCAAAAGAGAAGUCCAUUGAAGAAAUUUAAGGGCGGCUUCAUUAAGAUUGCCUUGCGCCCGAUAAAGAAAUGGAGGACACAGUUGGCUUUAGGCUUGAAGUUUGCUAAUUUUCCUCUUUCUCGAGCACUAUAUAACAAAACAAAGGACAAUUGGGAAGAAGCAACCUCAAACCACGAAGAGCCAAUUAGAAGGUGAAAUACACUUGGAUACAGCUGGGAUCAAUCCUAUACAACAGCCUAAAUCAGUGGGAUCCUAAUUUUGUUCUAAGAGCACCCUUUUCACUUUACGUUGAAGUUCAAUUAAUGGUGAAUCUUCACCCUCCAUAAAAUCUUGAGAGCAACUUCCACUGGAAUCAACCUUCAUCAAGUUACUCAUUACAUCUUUUAACUCUUUGUUCCAAUCUGGGGAAGAGAAGAAUGUGUCCUGGGAUCCCCUUUUGUUGCUCUUGCCAUAAGCUUCUUCGAAUUCCCUAGACUUUGAAGCCGCCUUUUGGAGCACAACAUCAGGAAGUCC